AUGGCGGCGGCGCUUCGCUGCUGUCGGUGGGCGCUGUGCUGGCGGCUGCCGGGCGCGGGCAGCGCCGCUCGGCCCCUCACCGGCCGCCCGCGGCCCGCGCCCGGCAGCCGCCCGCUGUCUCGCCUGCCGCCGGGCGGCGGCCCGAGGACGGGCGCGCAGGGGAGGCAGCUGGUGUCGUGGCGGUCGCUGGCGGCCACAUUCGUGCUGUGCGGGGGGCUGCUGGCCGCCAUGAAGAAGGUGAAGCGGCGCAAGGAGGAGGAGCUGGAGAAGGAACGAAACCGAGGCAUUGGGAAACCGCUGCUUGGAGGGCCCUUCUCGCUUGUCAGCCAUGAGGGACAGCCCAAGACCAGCAAGGACUACAUCGGCCAGUGGGUGCUGAUCUACUUUGGCUUCACACACUGCCCUGACAUCUGUCCUGAUGAGCUGGAGAAAAUGAUCGAAGUGGUAGAUGAAAUCGAUAGAAUUCCAUCUCUGCCUAAUCUGACCCCGCUCUUCAUCACCAUUGAUCCUGAGAGAGACAACGAAGAAGCCAUUGCCAGAUAUGUUAAAGAAUUUUCUCCGAAGCUGAUCGGGUUGACAGGUACCAAGGCACAGAUUGACCAAGUGGCCAAAGCUUACCGUGUGUAUUACAGCGAAGGUCCCAAAGAUGAAGACAGUGAUUACAUAGUGGAUCACACAAUAAUAAUGUACCUUCUCGGGCCAGAUGGUGACUUUGUGGACUAUUAUGGCCAGAAUAAGAGGAGCACCGAGAUUUCUGCAUCUAUUGCUGCACACAUGAGAAAAUACAGAUCUUAAAACACAAGGUCUUCAAAGAUUCAUGUGAACGUCACCUGUAGGAUUGGCUGUAAUUGGGCACUGGCUUUGAAGCAGAAGCAUACAGGUGUAACAUCUUGUCACCACAUGCCUCCUUUCUUCCAGAUAAGAAAGGCAGCCAUACUUCUGCAAAAUACCAUUAUCAAAAAUCUCUACAGAGCCUUCCCAUGUAUAUUAUUUGCAGCAAGAUCUGGGCUCCAGAAUGAAAUCUGGAACUUCUCUGAAACACUGAUGGGAGCAAAAAAUGGACUUUUCUUUUGGGAAGAACAUGUGCAUCACUGGUAAAGUUAAUAGGUUAUCUCUUGGCAAGACGUCAGCGAAGGACGGUCACUGCAGGAGGAUGAUUACUUGAUGAAAGGCCAUGUGGGCCAUGGCGUUCUCAGAGCAGCCCUGCCCUCCUUUUGAUUUGUGGGUUUUUUUUUUCUUUCUUGCACUGUUUUGCCUUCUGGGAGAGGCGGUUACAAUAUUAUCUAAGAGUACUUCUUUAUGAAGGUUAAGGAGGUGAAGAGCACUGAAAGCCUCAGCAGCUUCUAUGCAUGCGACUAGCCCUGUAGUGUGCCUGACCUCCUCUUCAUUUGAAUGCAGAAAUGAAAUGUGUUUUUCUAGGUUAUUUUUCCAGGUGAAUGCUGUUAACUUACAAGGGAGUGGGUAAUGGGUUGCAAAUGGAUUUUUCUUCUGGUCUAAAUGAUUUUAUGCAUAGUUGGCCUGAUUGUGCUAUGCUGAAUAGUGAAGCGGGGAGGAUGCAGGGGGUCUGUGGCCAUGCAUACAGCUGUCAAUCAGAUAAAUUUUUGCAGUGCAGCAUUUGAAAAUAAAGAUUGUUUUGUAUAAGCGA